AUGAGACGAAACUCACCGAGUCAGCUAGUACUAAUCUCCUCUCCAGAGACUCUUCUUCCCCGUGGCCACCAGCCGAACGCACUACGAGACAAAAAUUGUGCCGUUAAUCAGCUUCUCAAGGAACGCUGCGUCGGAAUGAACAAGGUGCAGAUUGUUUGCGUCGACUCGGGCCUGAUACAGAGUGACGGUACCAUCAGCCAUCACGAUAUGUUCGACUACCUGAACCUGACGAACGUGGGCUGCAAAAAGGUGUUCGAGCCUGUUUGGGACCUACUGCAGCAGAUACUGACCGAAAACGAGAAGGAGCGUGACCUUACCCCAUCGGAGUGA